AUGGCAACGACUACAACGAUAAAUUCUCCUUCUUCUCCUCAAGAAUAUUAUCAAAUACAAGGUGAUGGUACAUUGAACGAUCAUACGUUACAUCAAAUGCGUAAACCACGAUGUGGUCUCCCAGAUAUUCCACAUCAUGAGCACAAUACAGCAUUCGCAUUCUCGUUAUGGGCAGCAAAUUCAUCCUUAACAUUCGAGCGUAAAAUAUUAAACCCUGACAUUUUAAUAUCUUACCGUAGUGGUACUCACACAUAUGUUGAUCACAAACGUAAUGCAGAAAUUUGCCCCUCUUCAUUCGACGGUCGUGGUGGAGUACUUGCUCACACGUUUUAUCCUUCACGCAAUCCUAAUUACACCACCGAAAUACAUGUUGACAAUGCAGAAGUCUGGCACAUAUACCUAGACGAUAAAAUACCUUUCAACUCGGAACGUCUACUUCAUACGUUAACACAUGAAAUCGGACAUUCGUUAGGACUAAUACACAGUUCGUGCGAAGAUCCGUAA